ACGGAAUUUUUCGGUAUCACCUGCAACGUUGCACACUGCUCUUGCUCACCAACCACCACUUCCUUGUGAAACCAACAUCUCGAAUCUGGCAUUCUUUGUAUCUAGCAUCCCCGCAACGCCUUCACAAUUUCGUCAACCCACUCCCCCCACCCCCAAUAUCCCAUCUUCUGUCCUGGCAGAGGAUUCAUGCUUCGUCCUCCAAUCAGUCCUUCCAGACAAAAAAAUCUCUUUAACAAUUCCUUUCUCGCUUCUCGCUAAACCCAAUCAUUGUCCAUUAUGGCCAGCGUAGUAAACAUCCGACGUGAUGUCGAUGACAAAUUCUAUCGCUACCGAAUGCCCCUUCUCAACACAAAGAUUGAGGGUAAAGGGAACGGAAUUAAGACGGUCAUCCCCAAUAUGGCUGACGUCGCGCGCGCUCUCAGUCGUCCUCCUACCUAUACUACCAAAUUCUUCGGUUGUGAACUAGGCGCCCAGACCUCCUUUGAUGAAAAGAACGACCGGUACAUUGUCAAUGGCGCCCAUGAUGCCAAUCGUCUCCGGGAGCUCUUGGACGUUUUCAUCGAAAAGUUUGUUUUGUGCAAAUCGUGCAAGAAUCCUGAGACGGAACUCGUCAUUCUCAAGGCUGGCCGGUCCGAGGAUAUCAUCCGUGACUGCAAGGCUUGCGGAGAGCGUACCGGUGUCGACAUGCGCCACAAGCUGACCACGUUUAUCCUCAAGAAUCCUCCAGUCAAGGUCAAGAAAGGUAAAAAGAGGACCAACAAUGGUGACGCCGCGGGAGGUGUGGGAGGAGGAGGUGAUGUUACACCGGAGAAUGGCGAUGAGGAAGCCAAUCUCAACGGCGCCGAGAGUGACGAUGAGCUGACGAAGAAGAUCAAAGCGGAAGCCAAAGAGCUUAACACCGAUACGGCAUUAGCCAAGGAGGAUUGGUCUGCAGACACCUCUCCCGAAGCCGUGAAGCAGCGCAUCAAAGCACUCGAAGGAGGUAUGGCGGGGGUAGCCCUAGGAGGAGAUGAUGAAGGUAGUGAUGAUGACGCAAACAGCCCCUACGCUAUGCUUGGGAAGUGGAUCGAGGAGAACAGGGACACGGAUGAUCCAAAGGCGUUUUCCGUCUCGAUUUAUAAAAAGGCGGAGGAGUUGGGCAUCGAGAAGAAGCAUAAGACUAUUGUUGUGCUUGUCCAGGCGCUUUUUACGGCGGACGUCCUCUCCGAGAUCAAGAAAUACACGCCGUUGUUUGCCAAGAUGGUGACUUCGGAAAAACAUCAAAAGUCCUUGCUGGGCGGUAUUGAGCGUCUCGUCGGGCUUACCUACCCGAACCUUCUACCCGCUGUCCCCAAGAUCCUAAUGGCGCUUUAUCAAGUUGACGUUCUUGAUGAGGAGGUUGUCACCCAAUGGGGAACGCACGUCAGUAAAAAGUACGUCGAUAAGGAGACCAGUAAGACGGUCAGGAAAGCCAGUGAGCCAUUCCUGAAGUGGCUUGAGGAAGCUGACGAUGAUGAUGAUGACGAAUGAUGGGUCAAUUUUUCCAAGGGUGCUCUAUCUUCGUAUGGACUUCUCUGUUAUUGUUGCAUGUAUGGUAAUUCUUUGAUUAUGCCAACCCUCUUUUACGCUCUACUGGGAUACGGCUCAAUGAGGACUCCGUUACUUUAUCUGAUGGAUCUUAAACGUGAUUCACAGCCCUUACUAUUGU